ACGCCCGUAUGUUAAGGUAAUGUCUAAAUUUAAACUUGCUGCCAAUUUGGCGUUUCUCUUCACUGAGAAGCCACUUUUGGAACGAUUUCUUGCAGCAAAGGCAUCUGGAUUUGUUGGGGUGGAGUUAGGCUUUCCGUAUGAUGUUCCAGUUGAGAAGCUUGUGCAAGCAAGAGACAAGGCACAUGUGGAAAUUGCACUGAUAAGCAUGCCACCAGGGAAUUGGGAUGAUGGUGACAGGGGAUUAGCUGCAAUCCCUAAUAGACAGGAAGAGUUCCGAGAGAGUGUAACAACAGCUGUACAGUAUGCAAGUGCACUCAAGUGCAAAAGAUUGCAUUGUCUUGCUGGACUUCUUCCUGAGAAUUGUACCGACUCAGUGCGUGCCGAAUACGAAGCAACAUACAUUGAAAAUCUGCGAUACGCAGCAGACAUUCUGCAACAGAAUGACAUUAUGUUAUUGAUUGAGCCAAUCUCAACUUUUCCUCGGUAUUUUCUUAGACAUCAAUUGCAAGGUAUUGAUGUCAUACAGAAAGUCAAUCGUUCAAACCUCAUGCAUCAAUUUGAUAUAUUUCAUGCACAAUCAACAGAUGGAAAUUUAACUUCAUUUUUUGAUGCUAAUAAGCAAUUCAUGGGUCAUGUGCAGGUGGGUCAAGUGCCAGGGAGACAUGAGCCAGAUAGUCAUGGUGAAGUGAAUUUUCCAUUUCUGUUCAAUCAUUUAGAGAGAAAUGGUUAUGAUGCAUGGAUUGGCUGUGAAUAUCAUCCAAAGGGUUGCACAGAAGAUGGACUUGAAUGGGCUGCUCCAUAUCUCAAACAUCAGCAAUGAUCACAACAACAUCAUUGAGCUACUCGUAGCUUUCCACAAUAAUUGUAAUGAAUAAUUAACAGCAUUCCAUGCACUUUCUAU